AUGCAAUUAAUGCUUGAUACUGGUGCGAAUCGAACUUUUAUUUCACAGAAGGCAUUAAAUUCGAUUCGAAGUAGCAAAAUUAUUAAUCAAAUUCAACGAGAAGUAUUUCUAGCUGAUGGCUAUACAUCUAUUAUGGUUUAUGGUGAAGUGGAUUUAUCAUUUAUUAUGAAUAAUAUUCGUACAUCGAUUCGAGCACUUAUUGUCAAGAAUCUUUGUGUUAAUUGUAUACUUGGUAUGGAUUAUAUUAUUAAAUACAAAUUAAUUAUUAACACUGUUAAUCGAACAAUAACGAUUGGUGUUAAGAAUUAUCGAUUAGCUAUACCUAUGGCUAAUCGUGAAAAGAUUAUCUUUAACUCAAUCUCAACAUCACCAUUAAUGUCAAUUGGUAUUCCAGUUACAAAAACCAAAUUAUCCGACAUACAUAUUGAUCAGUUGAUGGAACAUAUUAAUGAUUAUGAACAACAAAAUCAAAUCAAAAAAGCUCUUAUUCUUUAUAAUAAAUUAUUUGAUACACGCAAACCAGUAAUUGCUUCUAAUGUUAAACCUCAUGAGAUAAAAACCAUAGAUCAUCCACCACCAACGUCAAAAGCUUAUUAUUCUACGCCACAUAAACAAGAAGCUAUGCACCAGAUUAUUCAAGAAUUAUUACAAUCAGGUCUUAUUCGUAAAUCUUAUUCAAAUUAUGCUGCUCCAGCAAUGUUAGUGCCGAAGAAGGACAAUGCUUGGCGGAUGGUAGUUGACUACAAAAAAUUGAAUAGUAUUACUAUUAAAGACAAUCAUCCGUUGCCCAACAUGGAACAAACGAUACAAAUAUUAGGAGGUGGAUAUCAAUUCUUCUCUAAGUUGGACAUGAAAAGUGGUUUUUGGCAAGUCCCAAUUAAAGAAGAAGAUAAACAUAAAACAGCAUUUAUUACGCCUGAUGGACUUUACGAAUGGAACGUAUUAGCUCAAGGUUUAAAGAAUAGCCCUCCGUCAUUCCAACGAUUAAUGUUAGAUUUAUUAUCUCCGUGUCGACAGUUUGCAUUGGUAUAUAUUGAUGAUAUUGUGAUAUUCUCUUACACCUUUGAAGAACAUGUUAAGCAUUUGAUCCACGUAUUAUCUAUAUUAUCAAGUCAUAAUUUACAAUUAAAUUCGUCAAAAUGCUUUAUAUUACAUCGACAAAUAGAUUAUUUAUCACAUACGGUUUCACAGUUUGGAGUGAAACCAAAUAAAGAAAAGAUUCAAACAAUUAUGAAUUUACGUGAACCUACAACAUUAGCAGCAGCUAAUAAAUUUCUUGGUGGCAUGUCCUGGUAUCGAAAGUUUAUACCUCAAUUUGCAUCAGUGGCAGCACCAAUUAUUUCAGUUACGAACUUAACAAAACCAAAUCGAAAGAAGUUUGUGUGGGGACAUCCUCAACAUGAAGCAUUUCUUCAAUUGAAGCAAUUAUUAAUUAAUCAACCAUUAUUUUUGCAGUUCCCGAAUGAUGAUUAUCCGGUAAUUUUAACUACGGAUGCCUCGAAAGUUGGUAUUGGUGGUACAUUACAACAAGUGAUUAAUAAUGAGACAAAUAAUUUAUAUUAUUAUUCUCAAAUUACAUCUAGCACCCAGAGACGAUAUGAUCCAAUUGAGUUAGAAGCAUUGGCUAUUUGGGCAUGUUUUCGACGCAUGCGUUCAUAUUUAUUAGGACGAUCAAUUAUCAUUUAA